ACAGACUUCCUCAUACUGUCAUGGCGGCCAGUGCAGCGGGGCUGAUGGCUUCAUGGCAGCUAUCGCGGUACAGUGCUUACCACGUUCUUUUAAUUAUAUUUCCUCUACUGCUGUGUGCUGGGGCGCAGGGCAGUGUCUGCAGGCUGAAGGUUGGAGAUAGCAGAGAGUCAGAAAGCUGUGGAACAAACUUGGAACUGGAACAUUCUUUUGAACUUGAUGAUACCAUCCAGUUCAAGAAGAGGGGGACCCUGCUGUUAAGUCCUACAGCAGAACAAAGUAUUUCUGUUUCACAAAAGCAGCUAACCGAGGAUGAGAGAAACAAACUGAGGGAUAUUGCAAAUUUGAAUGGCCUCUAUCGAAUUAGAAUUCCUAGAAAAAUCGGAGUUUCUGAAGAGCUGACUGAUUAUGUUACAUCCUUUGUUCGUGCAUGUUCCAUGGUAGAAUCACAUCUUUCCGAUCAAAUUACAGUUCAUACAGACAUAUCAGGAAAUAUUAUUGGAGUAUCCAUAGUGACAUUUCCUGGAUCCUGCAAUGGCGUAGAGGUUGAAGAUGUAGAUUUAGAACUGUUUAACACAACAGUCCUAAUUCAACAGCCCAUAACAGCAGCAGUACCCGAAACUGCAACAUUUAUAGAACGUCUAGAGAUGGAGCAAGCACAAAAAGCUAAGAAUCCUCAAGAGCAGAAGUCUUUUUUUGCUAAAUAUUGGCAUUUAAUUCUGGGAGGGGCAAUAUUGCUAAUGUUAACCAAUUCGGCGAAAGCCCCAAGGGAACAAGGACAACAGGCCUGAGGACUUGAAUGGAUGUACAUUAUUCCUGUUGUCCUGUUUUUGAUGAUGUCUGGAGCUUCUGAUGCCGGCAACCAAGGAGGCAAUGGGGGAGGAGGUGGUACCGGAGGGGCAAGGUGAUCGCUUGAGAUGGAUUUUUUUUUUUAUCUUUAAAUCUUCUCAUACAAAAUACAGGAGAGUACAGAGUGCACAGCAACACUUGUUUUUAUGUCUGUGGGGACUGGAAUAUUUUUCACCAAGCAAAGGAGUACUUCUUUUUUUUUUUUUUUUUUUUUUUUAUGAAGUAUUGACCUUCAGUAAUUCGAGGGUUUAUCAGUUUAAUUUAUUUGUCUGAUUGUUUUUGUAGAUAUUUGAUGGAUCUGCCGCAUUAUGUACAAAUACUAUUCUAAAUGAAUUGCUUGUGUAAAUAAUUUGUUGCUGUAUCAAUCAAUGAAGAAUGUUCAUUUCUUUAUUAUAUUUUUUGUGCAUGAAAAAUAUUGAACUAGCAUAGAUACAUUUAUGGUAAGGACCCAUAAAAAUAUGCAAUCAUAUGUUAAGGCUAUGAGAAAUGUUCCCCAUAUACAUAAGCUCCUUGUAUCUCUGCAGGAGGAAUAAUUCUGUCUGACAUACAGAGCAAAAUGAAGAGACAGUAAAGUAAAAAAUAAACAUUCAUGGGUUAGCUAGAACAUACAAUUUAAAGUGACAUAAAACAUAUUGAGAUGUGCAUAUCCUAAAAGGGCUAAUUGGGUAAACAUAGUUUGCAUAAAAAAAAUGUUUAAAAAUUGCUGGCAAGUAUUUUAAAAAAUAAUCAAAGUGAGUUACAUAGCUAUGCUGUCCGGAUUAGUCUGAUCCGCCCCCUUAUCAGUGUUUAGCAUCAGAAACACAGGCAUUGUAUUUUAACUGAGUUCACAGCAGCUUAUUAGCUUCUAGGCAUGCUCAAGCAGAUGAGUGUUUAAAGUCUUCAAUUCUACCAAACAAAGGUGGAUAUAGAUGCAGCCAUAAAAGGAAUUGUAUGGGGGGGGGGGGGGUUAGACCUGUACAAUUCGGAAAUUGGGAGCUCUGGAGCGUGCAUGUGUCUUUAGCUCUCUGUUUCAGUAGAGUUUGCAACAAUAUAAAACACUUCUACAUUGUUGCUAAACAAUGCAGCCAUCGAGAAAUUAAAGGGACAGUAAAGUCAAAAUGAAACUUGUAUGGAUUGGAUAAAGCAUGACAUUUUAAACCACUUUACAAUUUACUUAUUACAGAUUUUGCUUAGUUCUCUUGUUAUCCUUUUGUUAAAGAGUAAUCAUAAGUGAGCUCAUCUGGCUGCAGUGUUUGCAACAAUGUUUAUGGCAAUGUUAUAUAUAGUUGCAAUCACAGCUGACACAGACACUCUGACAGCAGAGUUUGCAACUAUGUAUAACAUUGUUUUAAGCAUUUUUGCAAACGCUUGCUGAAUGGCUUGGGACACAUGCAUGCGUCUGAGCUCAGCUAGGAUUACUCUUUAACAAAGGAUACCAGGAGAACUAAGCAAUAUUGAUAAUAUAAGUAAAUUAAAAAGUUGUUUAAAAUUACAUGCUCUAUCUGAAUUACGAAAGUUUAAUUUUGACUUUACUGUCCCUUUAAGACACACCAGCACUUAUAUUACAUAAAUUUACUAUUCAACAAAGGAAACCAAGAAAAUGAAGCAAAUUUGAUAACAGAAGUUGUUUUUAAAAUUGCAUGCCUUAUCUUAACCAUGAAAGUUUAAUUAUGACUUUGCUGUCCCUUUAACGUUAUAAAGCAGGGAUGGGGAACCUUGGCCCUCCUGAUGUUUUUUAGAACUCAUUACCCAUGAUGCUUAGGCACUCUGAAGUCCAGUUGAGCAUAUUGGGAAAUGUAGUUCUGAAACAUCUGGAUGGCCAAGGUUCCCCUAAAUGAAGGAAAUCUAAAAUGUGAGGGUUUCAUAAAACUAGAAAUCCAUCUUCAAAUAUCUGCUUAGAUGACAGGAUUGAAUAUAUUUUUAUCUAUGCACAGAAUGGAUGUUCUUAUUGUUUAUUCAAGCUGCAUUUUAAAUUGGUAAAAAGAAAUUUAGACUUAAAACAAAUACUUCCUGUUUUCAGCUGGGGUGUUUUUUGUUGUUGUUUUUUUAAAUUGAUGUAAAGCCUCUAAUUUUGUGCUUUAUCAAACGUUUAUUCCAGAUAAAAGGACAUUAUCCCUUUUGAUCAUUCUACACCAGUGUCAUUCUUCAAGGACACAAUGCACAAAAUAGGUUACCAUGUACUUGCACUUUUGAUCUGAUGCUGUCUUAACUGAAUAGUUUCAGGGUUCAUUUUUAGUUUUUACAAUACAUCAACAUUCUAUUUAUUUUUAUCUCUGUUGUGCUCUUAACUGUUUUCAAUAAAACAGCCCAGUACAGUA